AGUUGAUCAUUUUUGAGCGGAUCCGUGCUUCUCUACUGUUGCCAGACUAGUAUCAAAAGAAAGUUUCAUACAUAUAUAAAUGAUUGAUGCCAAUAUUAUUUUGAAAGUAUUGACGCGUCACUUUAAUUUUGACAAUGCGUCUGUCGGAAGAAAUUCUUGAGUUGAGUUAGGAGAGAUUCAAUUUGUAUACUGGAGGAGCGACUGUGAGGAACGAAUUAUUAAUCAUGAACACAGCAGGCAUGCAGAAACCCCCGUUGGCCCCCAAACCAAAGAUCAUACAGCCACAAAGGCCAAGGUCGUGCCCCUCCUCAACCCCGAAACAAGAUGGCCCCUCCCAGGCUCACCCAGGCUCCCUCAUUACACCAGUAAAGGUUAAGCCAGCUCUGGCCCCGAAGCCGUGUCUCUCCACUGCCCUGGAGUCCAAAACGCUCUCCAAAAACAAUGGACGUCUCCACCAAACCAUUGUGCAAGACGGCAAGACACUCUUGGAGAUGCCCAGAAAUGUCGGCCACCUGAACUCCAGAAAUGGAAUAAGUAGACAGCAAGAAAACAAGAAACCUGACUGGGAUUAUAUAAUUCCAAUAUGUCUCUGUAGCCGAAAGGACUGCCUGUGUUGGCGGCAUAGCAACGCAACAGAUAUGGUGAUUGACAAAAUUGAAAGAGACUGGAGGAUGUUACAUAGUCCGAGUAAAACAACGGAGUCCAGAGUGAAGCCUGGGCCAAGAUAUCGACCUCGAGAGAACAGAGGGGGUAACAAGUGUUCAGCUGUCCACAACAACAGCACGUCUCUGCCUGACGUUUGUGUACGGGCUGUGGAAAUGGCCACAAAUGACCAACUGUUAAACCCCAACAUCGUGGAAGCGAUGUCCGUUUGCAACACACGGACCCGAGCCGACAACAUCUUCAUUGUGUCCAGUGCCACUGGCCGGGGAGAACAGGACGGACACAGCGGCUCCACCAUCAUUUGUAAAGACACUGACAAGUCCAAUCACAGCCCAGCUGUCUUCAGGAAGCCCCUCCCUUUGCCACAGCAACCUGGGACGUUUGCCCUGGUUGAACAGGAAACCCCGGAGCAGGGGAGGGGUGGAGUGGAGAGGAGUGAAGAGAGGGACUGGGCGGAGGGAAGGCAGCGGAUGGAAAUGACCGUCAGAAAGGUGAAGGAGCCAGCGGAGAGGAAGAGCCUCCCAUCUCCCUCUGUCAGCGAGCCGGCCGGCCAGGCUCAGGACAUGCCUGGUGGUGGGGCUGGUACCAGUGAAAGCUGGACGGGCCUCCCAUCCUCCAGAACACCCGGCCCUUCCCCUGCACCUGUCACCCCACCCAGAAAGAAAGCCUUUCUGUCUGAACCAGAGGCACAAGCACAGAUCUCUACCUCCUCCUCUCAGCACCUCCUCCCCCUCGCUUCAUUACCCUACCUCCCACAGGAUGUGGAUGAGGAAGAGCUGCAAUGGGUGGAUGACAGGGUCUAUGAAAUGGAGUUAUCAGUAGACAAGGAGGAGGGGGAAGCGAGGGAGAAGGGAGAUGAGGGAGGGAGGAGUGGGCAAGUGGAAGAGGAGGAGAUCUAUUGUAAAAUAGUUUGUCACCCUCUCUCUACUAGUCUGCCCAACAAGACGGAGCUCAACUCCGACUGGUCAGUCAAUGUGGCAUCCAGUGGGCGUUCCGAAGAAGAUGUUGAUGCUCCAAACAGGAUGUCCUCCGUGCCCAAUAAACCACCGAGACACAGCUCCCCAGCCGCAUCGUUGCUGAAGAAGGAGCUGUCGGAGGAGCAAUAUGGGGAGGGAGGAAAGACCUCCCAGAGGGGGGAUAACGGAGGCGUUGUUACUAAGGCCACACAAGACGGCGGAUCACCAAGGAACUCCAAAGCGAUGAGAGAACUUCCUGCAACCCCGCCAGACAACGCAGCAUCAAGGAGUAGCAUCCUUCAGACACCGCUGUUGCCUUCAGCUGUUGAGCGGAGCACAGGCAACACAGAGAUAAAGGGCAGCCCGCCCACGCUGACACCGCCAAAGUUGUCUCGCUCCAGCCUGGUGAAAAACAAGUCCAAGUCCUUUUCCUCCGCUGACCUGACCCCCUCUGAUGGACAGAAAAGGAACUCCUUCCGGAGGCUGCUGGACUUGAGCAUCUCGGUCAAUAUGCUGCCCAAGCUGCUAGCCAAGGGAGGCCGGCCCUCCGACUGCUCCUCAGCCGACCCCAAGGUUGAGCAGUGUGUGGACAGUCAGGACACGUGCCUUCAGGAUGGCCUGGACGUGUCAGGCAGACGCAAUUUCUGCUGCCCCCAGCUGGGCAGGGAGCAGAGUGUGGACGGGGACGAGUUCUGCUCCCCCGGCGCGGAGUGUGCUUUGGACGAGGAGUACGAGAACGUGCCAUAUUACGAGGAGAUACCCGACUACGUCAACCUUCCGGUGGGGUCGGGACCACGAGGAGGCGGGGCUGGAGCUGAGGGUAGGCCGGCGGAGAUGUCGGAAUGGGACGUCCACCUGCGUGGUGAUGAUGAUGAUAUCUACGAGGAACAGGAGCCCUAUCACCCACUGGAGAAAUACACUGAACCACGACAACAGCCCAGUGGGAGGAGCUCUGUAGAUGAAGACAUUGGUCAGACGGAUGAUGGACAGUCAGAUGAGGACGUCAUGGUUCACAGUUCAGACGAGGACGAUGGCAGUUCCUCGUCCAGCAAAGGAGAACCUGAGCAGUCUGGACAAAGCGAGGCUGACUUCGUCGCAAAGAAGAGCAAGACAGUCCACAUUGCCAGGGAGAUCAUGAGCUCAGAGAAUGUGUUUGUCAAUGUCCUGAAGCUCCUCCAUAUUGACUUCCGCGACGCCGUGGAGAAGGCGUCCUUUCAGGCUGGGAAGCCCGUGGUGGAGGAGCGCGUUCUGAACCAGAUCCUCUACUAUCUGCCCCAGCUCUACGAACUGAACCAGGACCUCCUCAGAGAGCUGGAGGAGAGGGUGGAGCACUGGAACGAGCAUGGCCGGCUCGCGGACAUCUUUGUGAAGAAAGGACCCUAUCUGAAGAUGUACUCCACAUACAUCCGAGAGUUUGACAAGAAUGUUGCUCUGCUGGAUGAACAGAGCAGGAAGAACCAAGCCUUCGGGGCAAUCGUACGGGAAUUUGAGGCAACUCCACAAUGUGCCAACCUGGCUCUGAAGCACUAUCUGCUGAAGCCCGUUCAGAGAAUCCCCCAGUAUCAACUGCUGCUCACAGACUACCUGAAGAACCUGUCUCCGGACUCAGCUGAUUACAAAGAUACGCUAGCGGCCCUUGGCAUUAUGAAGGAGGUGGCCAACCAUGCCAAUGACAGCAUGAAACAGGGGGAUAACUUCCAGAAGCUGAUCCAGGUUCAGUGCAGACUGAAUGGGCACCAUGAGAUCGUCGCGCCUGGGAGGGUGUUCCUGAAAGAGGGGGUGCUGAUGAAGCUCUCCAGAAAGGUCAUGCAGCCCAGAAUGUUUUUCUUGUUCAAUGACACGUUGCUGUACACCACCCCUGUUCAGUCUGGACAGUUCAAACUCAACAACAUGCUGUCGUUGGCUGGGAUGAAGGUUAGCAAGCCCAGCCAAGAGGCCUUCCAGAAUGAGCUGACCAUUGAGAGCGUGGAGCGCUCCUUCAUUCUCUCUGCCAGUUCAGCAGUGGAGAGAGAUGAUUGGCUGGAAGCCAUCUCUACGUCAAUCAAGGACCACACCAGAAAGAAGAUCUCCUUUAUAUCCAGCAAGUCUCUGGAGGAGACAUUGCCUGAGGAGAUUGGCAGUGGGGCCCCCCUGGGUUCUAAGGCCCCUAUCUGGAUCCCAGACCUGAGGGCCACCAUGUGUAUGAUAUGCACCUGUGAGUUCUCCCUCACCUGGAGACGACACCACUGCCGAGCCUGUGGAAAGGUCGUGUGCCAGUCGUGUUCCACCAACAAACAAUGUCUGGAGUAUCUGAAGAACCAGCUGGCCAGGGUGUGUGAUCAAUGCUGCGUCAUACUACAACAACAGAGAAGUGACCUGACCCCAUCUCCAACACUCUCCCCUGGUGUAAAGUCCUCCUUUGGUUUCACCAGGAAAACCAAAAGGAUCCCGGCUGCUCUUAAAGAGGUGUCGGCCAAUACAGACAACUCCUCUAUGAGUGGCUACCUUCAGAGGUCAAAGGGCAAUAAGAAGCAGGGGAAGAGGCUGUGGUUCGUCAUCAAGAACAAGGUCCUGUAUACAUACGCUGCCAGUGAGGAUGUAGCAGCGUUAGAGAGUCAACCAUUGCUGGGCUUCUUGUUGGAGGAGGAGAAAGAGGGGCCAGACUCUCAGAAACAGCUGUUCAAGCUCUAUCACAAAAACACGCUUCACUAUGUUUUCAAAGCCGACGACAGCCAAACAGCCCAAAGGUGGAUAGACGCAUUCAAAGAAGCCAUGGUGCUUUGACCAUUCUUUGUCAGCAGUUGAUUAACUGUACAUAAGCAGUGACAUAAUGGAGGCAUGGCCCUGUCACUAUGUAUGAUAAUGUGAAUAUUAUUUAGGUUUCUGUUAUAAGUGGUCAUACAGUGGAUGUCUCCACUGAAAACCUCCACAGAAGGCAUUAAAUGCUGAUACCCCCAAAAUAGCCUUUACAAGCCGGAACAACGUACACACACUUUGUUGUUGCCAUGGAGUAGAUAAAAAAAAAAUGUGGUUGGCAUUAUGGCUCUUAGAGGACAGAUUUUUAAAGCUGUUGUACACAUUUGAAGAUAGCGUUUGCAGCCAGUUCCUUGUACGUAACAGUGGUAACGUUUUGUUCCAAGACGUCGCCAUAUCAUUACAAGUGUAGAUCGAUUCACCUCUUCACAUUGCCUACAUCUGCAGUUCUUUGGGUUUGCUGUUAAGGUUGAAUGAUAUGUUAUUUUGAUGCAUUAUUCAGUCAGAAUGUUUCUGUCCCAGGGUCAGGGUGUUUUCUCAGGCUCCUGUCCAUCACACCACUGCAGUUAUGUAAUCAGCAUAAGCACAAGUUACUACAUGGCCAUGUAUGCAUACACUAUUUCAACAUAUUCAACUGGUAGAAACACAUUCCAGCCUGGAUGUGAGUACAGCAACUACCAUUUCAAUAUAGCAAACAAUGUGGGAUUUCCAACUUCGAUGGUCGUCCCUCCCAAUCGCCCGGUCGGAGUCAUGCCAUCCAGACUUCCAUCAGGUCAUGAGGAGAGAUCCGCCAAUUACUUACACAAGAAUUGACUACGUCUCCCAUUAUGGCAUGAGUAAACCUAUGAUACCAGCAGGACGUUCAUUGAGCUCACCAAAGUUCCUAUAUUCAGUAGAAAUUAAGAGGCUGUGAUUUCCAAAUACUCAACAGUCUAGCUUCAGUCCUCCACAUUUACUGGAUUGGGUGAACGAAAAAAAAGGGUUGGGAUUGUGUUCACUCAAGAACACAAAUGUUGAUAUGAGAUAAAUAUCAAUAUCUCUAUUUCUAAAUAAGGCAAUAUAAUUCUGUAUCUUAUUGUAAUGUGUGUAAAUAUUUAUCGAUAUUGCGUUUACACAAUUUU